GAGACAAGGACAACAGCAACAACAACAAUAACAAAAGAACAGAAACAAACAGGACUACAUCAGCAAAAGGGGUAUGACAGCUAUAAAGACUGUGACAGAGAGGACAACAUAAUAUCAACAACCACAAUGAUAAUACUGCAUUGAGACAGUCAUACAUAUUAGUAGUAGUAGUAAUGAAAUUAUCGUACUGCCGAUAUCACCCCCCUCCCCAUGGGAAGACCAGCAAGGGCCGGAGACAGGCAACCCCGACCAGAAACGGGGCGCCGGCAGGCCGGAGGACACUCAGCCACAGAGACCGACAAGAGAUCACACCCCACAAGGGCAGACGGGCACCGGGGGCCACACACCAGGUCCAACAAGGAGCCCGCCCAUGGUGGGAGCGCUAGACCCCAACGCCACUCCCCCACCAGAGCACGGCCCACCCCGGGCCACCACAUGCCCGACCCCUGACACAGGACUGCCCCGCCCAGGGCCGAAGGAGGCAUCGCCGGGUGGCAGAGAUGUAACAUCCAGCACCUGCCCCCACGGAGUAAGGCCAAUGAUGCAGGCUCCGGAGAAAAGCGCAGAUAGAAGAAGAGGAACGGUGAGAGGGAAGGCAUGUGGGAAAAGGUGACUGAAAUGCAAUAACAAUAACAAUAAUAAUGAUAAUAAUAAUAAUAAUAAAUGUGCAAAAAUAAAAGUGCCAUUAUUUACCCACAUUUUCCAUUUUUAAGCCUAUAUCACAUCAAAUAAAUCCUUAAUUUAAAUAUGCACAUGCAUUCUUGCAUAUUAAAAUUCCAUGUUGCGUAUCUUUUGUGAAAAGUUGUGUCCAACACGGUCAAAGAUGUAAAAAAACAAACACUUUCCCAGAGAAUCUCCCACAGCAAAAUAUGCAAGCUUGACAUUAAAAGGCUACUUUGCGCUGCCCUUAAUUCCCUACCUAAACGGUUUUGCUCCGGGAGAAGAAAAAAUCUUCUCUCUGGAAAAAAAAAACCUUCAAGAAGAGAAGGGCAUUAUUGCCCUAAUCCUCUUACCCGCAGUCAUUUUAAGACAGGGGUUUUUGGAGGCUGAGGUGGCGUCUUGUCUUCCCUAUCCCAUCCCGAAAUCCUUCCAGGCCGGCAAAAGCAGCGCCCUGGCAUCUAUUAGUCAUCUCUGUAAAGUCUCUCUUCCUUCCAGUAGCAUGGAGGAGGGAAAAAAAGCCGAAACGCAAACAAACCAAAGGUUUUCAUCACAAAGACUAAAGAAAGCCAAUUGGAUUUAUGCGCACAGAUGCAUUUUAAGAAGCACUGGCACAUGUGGAGAUAAUUUGUUAAAAUAUCUCAUAGAGCAAUCUGAAAUAAUUAUACUUAGUUAAAAUGUGAUGACACGUGUCUUCACGAUAAUUGCGUUGUGUUUAUUUGCAUAAUUCAUUAGCAAAACUGCUGCGUUGGCUCAUAUCUUCAGGCCUCUGAUGACAAACGAAUAUAAAGAAUCAUCUAAAACUUAUAAAGAGGUCAAAUUACUCCCAAACAUACUACAUGUUAAACGCAGAGCGUCGAUAUACAAAAACUGUCUUUAAAAUAUCAUUUUGGAAAGUUACAUUGAAAAAAAAAUCCAGCCUGUAAAGCCACGUCUGCUGCUGGACGAAUUAUUGGCUGCUUGGUUUGAGUGACGUCUCAAGCAGCCAAUAGGAAGCCAGCACCAGCCGGCCCAAGCGCUCUUUAAAAUCCCUCCCCUCCGAGCUCUCAGCUGCAAGCUGCUGUGGACUUGGAGACAGACACGCAACAAGACGCAGGACUUUUUGAGGGAUAACCGAAGACUCUUGCUGGGACAACUACUGAAAUUACAAGCAUGCAGCACUACGGGGUGAACGGAUACUCUCUGCACGCCAUGAACUCCCUCAGCGCCAUGUACAACCUCCACCAGCAGGCGGCGCAACAGGCGCAGCACGCUCCAGACUACCGGCCCUCGGUGCACGCGCUGACGCUGGCAGAAAGAUUAGCUGACAUCAUCUUGGAGGCUCGUUACGGCUCUCAGCACCGCAAACAGCGCCGAAGCCGCACGGCCUUCACUGCCCAGCAGCUGGAGGCUCUGGAGAAGACCUUCCAGAAGACCCACUACCCCGAUGUGGUGAUGCGGGAGCGACUGGCCAUGUGUACCAACCUACCCGAGGCCCGUGUGCAGGUCUGGUUCAAGAACCGCAGGGCCAAGUUCCGUAAGAAGCAGCGCAGCCUGCAGAAGGAGCAGCUGCAGAAACAGAAGGAGACAACGGGUGAAGGAGGAUCUGAGAAGGAAGAGGCCCCACCCUCCACCAACACCAUCCUUCCUGACUCACAGCUGCCACCGUCCUCGUCCUCCACAUCUCUGGAGACAGAUGGUCCCGUGGUACGUCCGGUACCGCUUGACAUGGAACUCAACGUCACAUCGGCGGAGCAGUCCGGCAGCGAGUCUGCCACGGAGGACAACGCCACAGAUAAGGAGGAUGAGAGUAAAUGUCAGAGAGAGGAGGUGCAGAGUGAGAGAGCAGUGACACCUGGAGACAUUUCUUCCCCUUGCAAAAGACGCAGUCCUAAACCAGACUCACCCAGCGUCUCUCCGUCCAUGACCCCUCCUUCGUCCAGCAGUGGCCUGGCCGCCGGAGGUCCGCUCUCCCAGAACCACUCAUACGCUUCCUCCCCUCUCAGCCUGUUCCGCCUGCAGGAGCAGUUCCGCCAGCACAUGGCUGCCACUAACAACCUGGUGCACUACCCUGCUUUUGACCUCGCCGCCCCCUCGUCACUCCCCUACCUGGGGAUGAAUGUCAACAUGCCCCCCGCGCCGCUGGGUACCCUGCCUUGCCAGUCGUACUACCAGUCGCUGUCCCAUCACGCCCAGCAGGUGUGGAACAGCCCGCUGCUGCAGGCGUCAGCCGCCGGCGGCCUCAGCAGCCACAACAGCAAGACUACCAGCAUCGAGAACCUGCGGCUGAGGGCCAAACAGCACGCCGCCUCGCUGGGACUGGACACCUUGUCUAACUGACAAUCCCACCUGGCUGGAGUAAAACAUAAAACGACGUUUCCUAGGAGUGAUGGACCCUUCAUCGCUUCUUAGCGAAGUCACAUCCCAGCUUGCCUCGUUGCAGCUUCUGCUUUAAACUUGACAGAAAAGGAGGGAAAAGAAUAGGAGAUGACACACAAAGUGAACAUUCACUCACAAGACUGGAAAAAAGAGACAAUGAUUAGUAAUGUUUACAAGAAAAAUGUGAAUAUGUGAGGCACUUUUUGAGGUAUUGCAGUGAAGAAGCUUGUGAAAAACAAUUCUAUUACAGUACUGGUUAACAUUUCAACGAAGCGUGCUCACACACAAAAGAGCAUACACAUAAAAACAAGGCAGGCUGUCCUCAAGAGCAUAAAUAAUAGCGACUAAUUCACCAGUUGAACGGCCGGUAACGCCGUCGCUUUGACUCGAUAAUGACAAAAUGAUUUCAGUGACUAAAUUCUCAAAGCGUUUAAUUACAUUUAGCCCCAGGCGGAGACGGGCUGGGGCAAAUGUAAUAAUGAACAUGCAUAUCAUUUAAGAUCGACUUUUAUCACUUCCGGGGGUGCUGACACUUAAGCUGUCAAGUGAUGUACUGUGGCGACAUGACUGACUUGAUCAAUCUGAAAAAAAAAAAAAAAAAAAAAACGAGUCUCUUGAGGAAACUGUUCCACUGACUGUGAGCACUUCUGAUGUUGGCUGUUCAUGUUGCUCAGAUGGGGUAAAUAAAAAAUAAAUAAAAAAACAUGCACAUUAUUUUAAUAGGUGAAAUAUAAAAUCUAUCUAUUAAUGUUUACGGAUAAGGUCAUUGUAAAGUACUGUACUUUGUUGUAUAAUUGAUAAUGAACUCUGAUAAAAGUCCUUUUAGCUGUAAGAUUGUAUUUGCUAAUCCCAUCCCACCUCCUCCUUGCCCCAUCUUGGAAUGGAUCAGUAUAUUUAAUGGUUCUGCUUUGGAAUUGAUGAAAAAAAAAAAAAAAAAAAAGCAAACAUUUGGACUGCUGAGAAUAUUUCAGUGAUUGUUGAGCCCAAGUCAUCUAUGUCCUGCUGUCUCGGUUCUAUUUGAGCUGAGGUUGUUGCUGCUGUUGCUGUUUGCCCUUCUGUCUUUGUCCACAACUUGGUCCUGUGGUAGAUAGACUCAUAAUGUGGGGGAGAGAUGUUGUUUCUGUUCCUCCGCCCAAACAGUGUUGACUUAGUGUUGUUGUAAAAUAUCCACCAAUAAAAAUACUGCUUGAAGAUCU